AUGGUACCAAAAGCGGCUUGCCUUGACCCCUUCCCCGUCAUGGCCAUCGCCUUCCCCUCAUUGUUUCAGAUGUCCCUACAUUGUGCCGAAGAAAGAGCCGGCCUUCAUUUUCUUGUUAACAGAAGGGUAUUGGAACGAGCUCGACCGAAGACAGCCGAACUGCCUCACGAAGGCUCGCCCUACCGCUCCACCAAUCACAGCCGAGCACUUUCCUUUUCGACGGAGGCAGCGUUGUCACGUCUCCUCUGUUGUAGCUGUCAUCCGGAGUUCGUUUGUCGAGUGAGAGACUACUUCCAGCGAGAGAAAAUUAACAAAGGACCGAUACUUCCAGUAGAAAAUGUUAUCGAAAGAACUGCUGCGGCUUUGGAGAUAGGAAAAAAUACAGUUGUGAGAAUAGGAAAGGAGAAAAAACAAAGUGAACAGAGUGGCUUGAAACUGAACACUCCCGAUAAGAAAUAUUCGAGGUUUAAGCCUGUUACGGAGCUGGACGCCUUUCAAAAAGAUGCCAUCCGCCGCCAUGUCUACGGAUUCUUCGUAAGAAGAGAGUAUCCCACAGUAAGGAAGCUACAAGUAAGUCUUGCAGAAGCAGAUCUUUUUCGUGGAAGCAAAUCAUCUGUUGCCAUUAUAUUGAAGAGAUUGGGUUUCAAACACAAAGAAUUUGGCAGCCGUAAAAUAUUAAUGGAAAGAGGAGACAUCAUUGCUUGGAGACUCAGAUGGAAGCGAGAGGGCUUGCCUCCUGAAAGUCUGGUGGGUCAUUCCAAAGAACUCCAGUUGAGAUCCAUUUCUCAAGCGCAUAAGACGAGGGACUGUGCUGUGGUAGGCAUACACAGUGUGAUAGUGAUGUCUGCUAAAAGUCUGUGUCAGGCGAGUUUUCUGUGGAAUAUGGAUGUCGAUCAGCUGAUGGAGCUCGGGGCUGUUAAAACCAGCAUGAUUCGACGAGCCUCUUAUACUCCCAGUACCUCACUGAUGGGGGCAUCUCAGGAACCGCUGAUCGUCGUGGAGGAGUCAGGAGGGUUGGAGGAGGAGGAGGAAGACGAAGAAGCGGCUCUGCCCCCGACACCGAGGUCUGGCACCGACUCUCCCCAUCUCAACCCCUUUUUGCUCUCUCCGUACAGGGACAUGCGCAAACGUUCUCUACCGACCCCCCAGUGUACAUCUGGUAUCACAGCCAGCCAGGUACGGCGCCUGUCUGAGCAGGGAGGUGCUGAGGGCAAGGGCCCGUCUCCCAUGGAAGCCGCCUUCCUAGCUACUCUCUCCCAGGCCCCAGUCCCGCAGGCCGGGGGUCGACGUCACUCCGUAGUCACCAUCUCCCGAGCUCCGCCCACGUCCGUCAUCUUCGGUCGGAACAGACGAGAGUCCAUCGCAGCCUUCCCUGGAGGACUGCCACGCCGCGACUCCUCAUCCAGCAUCACAGGUAGCAACUUCAAUCUUCAGCUGGACAUCAUGGAUGACAUUGCAGAGAUCAAAGCUGCUCGGAAGGUCCGGUUAAAAAUGUGGCAGAACGACAACCAAGAUAAGGUGUGCGAGGUGCAACCACUUGAAGGAGGGCCAUCAUCCAGAUAUCAUCAGCAGAACCCAGGAUCGUCCAGGAGGUAUUCUGAUGUAACGGGUAUUUCCGCUAUACCUCCUCCCAUUCCUCCCCGGAGGAGAGCCUCCGAAAUGCCGCAAGUCCGGAGGGAUUCCACACCACCCCCUUCUAUUUUGGGUAAAGGAAUCGUUUGUUCGAACACAGAUCUGAUUUCGAUGCUGUCCUCUCUGACCUCGUCAGCACAAGAGAUUCACAAUCUCUGCAAGCUGGAAGGUGUCAAGCCAACUGCACUGGACAUGAAGCGAUCUAGACUGAAGGGAUCGAGAUCAAACAGUUUUGACAUAUCACUCUUGCCAGAGGGCAAAGGUCCAUCAGUUGACAAGACAGAAAAUGAAGCUUCCAAUUGGUUUAUCAGGAGGCACCAACCGAUGGCCAACAAAAGUUGUCUCAGUAAGGAGGAGGACAGGAAAGCAAAGGCUAUUGUAACUUUUGCAGAUGAGAAGUUAAAAACAUCUUUGGCUGAGAAGAAAAAAGAUGAAGACAUCAAAACUAAGAAUGAUCAGAAAAGAUCAACAGAGAAAGUUCUGUGGGACAAACCAUCAGGAUCUGUAGUGGACCCACAGGUGAUAGGAAGUGCAAUCGAGGAAUAUCUUAACCAGAAAGGAUCAGAAACAGGAGUAUCGUCUGUAAUAAAAGAUGAGCCAACACCUUCCAAUCCAAGCAAAACCUCUAAGACAUCAUGGUUUGGAUCCUCAACAAAAAAUAAACCCGCAGAGGAGGAGGGAACAUCAGCCUCAUGUGAUAACUCCAUUUGUUCCACGUUAAAAGACCUUUUUGUAAAAUAGCUCUAAAUGAUCCCUCAACAAAAGAGGGAAAUGAUAACUUUUCUACAGAUUAUUUCAAUGUUUUAUUGCAGGUAUUAUUCAGCAAUCAAAUCUUAAAACUAUUAUGUUGUCGUAUAUUUCAAGUUUUUCCUAUUCAAAUAUCUUUUUGAUCUUUUGGCUCUUAAAACGGGAAGUAGUGGAAGAUUCAAUGCACAGUUCUAAAAUAGAAUCAGUAAUAAUAAAUACUGAGAAUAAAUAAAAACAUUUAGUAUGAAGAGUUUCUAAUUAUGUUUCCAAAACCUUAUUCACCUUUUAGUAGAUAGACAAAUUAACAUGAAACAAUCAAACCUCAAUUGUUUUAAACACAUAUGUUUACAAUGACAGCAACAAUUCCUACAUUUUAAACAAAUAUAAUUAACUAAAUGUAAAAGUUUUAAUAAAAUUGUUAACUAAAAAAUCUUUACAAUAAACAUUUAGUUAAAUAUUGAUCUUUGCAAAUAAAAUACAAAUAUUAAAGUUUAACUUAAAAAAGCAACAUUUUAUUAUUAUGAUUAGUCUGGUUUAUAAUUUAAGGUAAACAAUAUAUGAACACCUAAAAUAUAAGAUAAAUUAUGAAAGAAAAGAUAUUUUAAAGUAAGGAAUGUACACAGUUCCAAUGUCUUAGAAAGAAAGUUUAUUUCUAGACAAAUAUUGUCAUUAUUCAAUGUUUCACUAUUACUGUUAUAAUUAUCAUCUAGAUCUCUUAUAGUUUGUUACAGAAUCAUUGCUGUUAAAUAUUUUUUAUAAUUAUCUGUAGCUGGGAAUCUUACUUGUUGUCAUAAUUUCUUUCAACAUAAUCUUACACAGUGACUCAGAUGUUUUGCACUGAUUAGAACAUUUUUACAAACAUUGUACCAAUUGUUAAGCAAUAUUUUAUUAAUGUUCUAGAUGUAUACAAAGCGUAAUAAGUCUAAAAUGAUUUUAUGAACUAAAUUAUUCCAUUUCACAUUGUUAUUUAUACACUAGCACUUCUAUCACAUAUGUUAGUUUUAGACCUAUAGUAUAUGAAUCUUUGAAUUAUUAUUUUUAUAAAUAUAUCCCUAGUGUUGUAAUUUUGAUUAUUCUUAUGCAACCCACAAAUUAAAUAGUAGUUUUAUGUACUCUUCGUGGAAUAAACUAUGAGAAUGUCCUGUUUUAAAAAUAGAAUUUUUCUGAACAAUAAUUUAAAACAAAGCAUAUUAGUCUUGAAAUACAAAACUGCAAAAACAAAUACUAUACAGAUGUAACUGAGAACUGAGGGAUGAGUGAUGAGGGGUAUUAUUAUGUAUUUUAUUAGAUUCAAGUACAAUAAAUAAAAAGUAAGUAAUAUUAAUUUUUUAAUUCUUGCAUAUAUAUAUAUGAAUUAUAAUUUAAAACACUGCAUACUUAACAUUUGCUAAAUAAGAGUAUAUUUUUAUUACAAUUUUAAAUUUUCUUUUCUAGAUAUUUUCUUACUCUAGAAAAGAACAGCGAACUCUAAACUGCGGUUGCAGAGAAGGUUGAUGUAAGAAGUGAUAUUCCCUACUUGACAGUAACUUACUCUAUGCUUUCAAGACUAUAAAUGUAAGUGAAUUGUGGUUAAAUUAAUUAAACAUAUGACUUUUACUGUCAUAAAGCUAUGUUUACACAGAAAAGUUGAUUACAUUUAAAAGGCUGUAGAAGUUAAUUAAACCCUUAAUCUAUAAAAAUCCUUACAUUUGCAAUAAAAAUGUUCUGUUUAUUAAUUGAGAUAAAAACUUUCCUAUCUUUUAAGUUGUAACAAACAAUACAUAUCUAUAAAAUUUUAUUGAAACCGGUUAACACUGUGACCAGCAAAAUAACAUUUUAAAUUUCACUUUAACAUUAAUUUUGAUUGGUUGAAAACUACACAGUAAUGCACCAAUGGCGCAGUGUAGCGGGUGCAGCGGUUAUCGCAAGAUAACCAGAUCAAGCAACGUCGAGCAUGACUGCUGCUUGGAUAGGUGACCGCUGAGC